UCCUGUCCUCUCUCUCCCUGCACAGAGCACUCAGCCGCUGCGAAGACAGGGGGCUGCUUUCCCGGGCGGGCACUGGCAACGCUGGAGGACGGUGCCCAGACGCCACUGUGGGCACUGCGCCCAGGCCAGCGAGUGCUGGCAAUGGACGGGGCAGGCAGGCCCACCUACAGUGACUUCUUGGCUUUCCUGGACAAGGAGCCCCGUGCCCUCACCACCUUCCACGUCAUCGAGACACAGGAGCCACGCCGGCGCCUGGUCCUGACACCCACCCACCUGCUCUUUGUGGCAGAGAACGCUUCGGCGCCCACCGCCCACUUCCGUCCCGUCUUUGCCAGCCUCGUGCUCCCGGGACAUUUUGUGCUGGUGGUGGCUGGGGGGGGCAGCUUGCAGCCUGCUGAAGUGGUGCGGGUGCGGCACCGGAGGGAUGUGGGAGCCUAUGCCCCGCUGACACGCCAUGGGACACUGGUGGUAGAUGGCGUGGUGGCCUCGUGCUUUGCUCUGGUGAAGGAGCAACAGCUGGCACAGCUGGCCUUCUGGCCACUCCGGCUCUACCACAGCCUGCUGGGGUGGCCAGAGGUGCAGGGGGAUGGCGUGCACUGGUACUCAGGGCUGCUCUACCGCCUGGGCAGGCUGAUCCUGCCCCCUGACAGCUUCCACCCACUGGAGAUAUCCCAGGCAGAGAGCUGAGGGUGCACCACAGCCCCAGCCAGCACAGCUGGUGGAGAUGGUGGCUGCAGGGUGACUCACUGGGGGCCAGUACCCCCUCCCAAAGCUGGGUGCCCAUGGGGAGCUGCCUCCAGCCCUCUGCCUGCUUGGGGUACAACCGUCUCCUGGUUGGGGGGCACCGAAGCUCCAUGGUGUGCCUCGUCCAUGUUCACCACCCCCUCCUCAACCCCUGUUCCUGGGGACAGGAGGGAGGCAUGAAGGGUUUCCCCCGGGACAGGGGGCUGCCCCCAGCUGGAUCCACAUGCUGCUAUGUGUGUGUGUGUGCAAUGUGUGUGUGUGUGCAGAAUUAGCUGACGGAGGUCUGAUAGACGAGUGGGAGGGGGAAGAGGAGAGAGCCCUGGCUGCUCCACCGGGGCUCCCACCGUGUCUGCACCCAGUGGAGAAGUUUUGGGAGAGGGCCCUUUGCCAGGCAGCCUGGGUGGGAAGGCAGGCAAUUCUAUUUUCAGCUCUGGGACAUGGCGGCUGCGAGGAGGGUGACCCAGGUACUGGGACUGUGCCUUGUUCUUAGCCCAGGUGCAGGGGGCACCCAAAAUAAGCAGGGUGGGGGGGUCUGGCACAGCUCUGGCACGAGACCUCCGAGCUGGUGACACAAGUGCCACUGGAGUGAUACUGGGGAGUGAGGUGCCAAGUUCUGCCCAAAGCCAGCACCAGAGUCACCCAUCUGGGCUUCCUGUGGGGCUGCUGUGACAGCAUGGGGCGCUCUGGCUGGCAAGGGGGGCUGUGGAGGCAGACACACGGGCAGAAGGGUGCAAAUGCCAGCCAGGCAUAGACACACUGGUAGGAGCAGGGGUGGAAAGAGUCAGGGCUGCAGCCCCAGAGUGCUGGGGCCUGAAGAAAGAGGCAGAGGAGAAAACCUUCCCAGCAUCUGGCCUUGAACUGGCUCAGCCCAAAGUCUUUCCCCCCCCCAAAGCUAAAAAAACUCCUCAAGCUUCAGACUCUGGCUGGCCUGACCUCCCCAAGCCCCCAGUACCCCAAACCCUCAGGGUAAUUCGUUGCUGCUCACCCACUUCUGGGACCUGGGGAGAGUCUCAACAGAGCUGCAGCCACAGUUCCCCCACUCCAAAUCCUAGCUAGAGCCUCAGCCUCCCCUAGCUCCACAUAAGUGGAGGGGAGGGGACUGAGGGAGGCUGUGACCCAUGUCCCCCAUGUAGCACCACGCAUCUUUAUUUAUUUAUCUGCUCUUUGUAUGUACCAUAAAUGGGAGGCAGCGUGGGCACGUCCAGGGUGAGAGGAAAAUGCUGGG